AUGGCCUCCGCGCAGACCAUGACAAUUACUCGCACCGAGUCCCGAACUCGGUCAGAGUCCCAGUCCCAGCCCCAGUCCCACGGCCACGACCAUUCAAAACCUGAGGUAUUUGAACUUAGCUUCAAGACUCCCGGGCGAACCCUUCGCGAAUUAUCUCGACGAGUCGUCGGAAGCUCAAUACGACGAGAAUCAUCUGAUGAAGAAGGCAAUGGUGUUGGAAACGAUGUGCCUCCACCCGCCACCGCACAACCGGUCGUGCAGCGCUGGAAUAAACCUCGCGGAAAUAUCGGACGGCUUGCUUUUGCGAGCUUUUCGUUUAUUAUUGCUGGUCUCAACGAUGGUGCUGUUGGCGCUCUAAUUCCCUACCUAGAAUCGUACUACUCGCUCAACUACACCAUCAUCUCGCUGAUCUUCUUGACGCCGUUUGCCGGCUACUCGACCGCGGCCUUCACCAAUGCCACGAUCCACAGCAAAUUGGGCCAGCGCGGCAUCGCCGUCAUGGCUCCCAUCUGUCACAUCAUCACGUAUGCCGUGCUCUCUGCACAUCCGCCCUUUCCGGUUCUUGUGGUCAUCAAUGCGGUCUCAGGUUUCGGGAACGGGCUUACCGAUGCGUGUUUCUGCGCUUGGGUCGGAGUCAUGGAUAACGCCAACGCGGUCCAGGGGGUGAUGCAUUCGUGUUACUCGAUUGGGGCGCUGUUUGCGCCGCUGAUUGCGACGAGCAUGGUGGUCAGGGCGAGUUUGCCGUGGUAUGCGUUUUAUUAUUUCAUGACUGGAGCCGCAGCACUUGAAUUCCUCGGCCUCACCGCCACGUUCUGGCGUAAGACAGGCGAGGUUUAUCGGAUUGAACACCCACGAGAGAAUGAGGCGACAGGCGGGAGGACGAAGGAAGCUCUCAAGUCGAAAAUCACUUGGUUGUGCGCAGCGUUCUUUUUUACAUAUAUGGGUAUCGAAGUCGGUCUCGGCGGCUGGAUCGUCACCUUCAUGCUGCGAGUCCGCGACGCCUCCCCUUCAGCCUCAGGCUACUCUGGCUCCGGCUUCUGGGCAGGCCAGGCCCUCGGCCGUGCCACACUGGGCUUUGUCACCGAACGCUUUGGCGAACGCCUCUGCAUCUCGAUCUAUCUCGCCGCCUGCCUGGUCUUGCAACUGAUUUUCUGGCUCGUACCGCAAUUCAUCGUGUCCGCCGUCGCCGUGGCGUUUCUCGGAUUCUUUUUGGGCCCCAUGUUCCCUGGAUGCGUGAUGAUGGCGGCGAAAUUACUACCGAAACACAUUCAUGUGAGCAGUAUUGGGUUUGCAAUGGCGAUGGGGGGGACGGGCGGAACGGUGUCUCCGUUUGCGAUCGGUGCGAUUGCCGCGAGUAAAGGUGUAGAGGUUCUGCAGCCGAUUAUACUGGCAUUGAUUGCGGUGGUCGCGGCGCUGUGGUUGAGUUUUCCCAAAGUGAAAAAGAGGGAUUAG